GCCAAGUAUGUUUAUAGAAAGGUUUUCCAAAAAUUAUAAGUACAGAGUUGGCUGUGAAGUUUGUUUUUGACACAUUUAAGGGUGCCUCAUAUUAGGAGUCAUUUGUCAGGAGAUUUUAAUCUUUAGAAUUUUCUAAAAAGCUAACAUGAACGGCACCAGAAUCAAGUCUGAAGUCAGCACCUCUGCUUCUCCGGAAAAUAGCGCCCACGCGAUGUUGUCGCCCUCCAACCAGACGCUGACUUGGAGUUACGCCGGCUGCGGAACGUUUCAAACCGGGAGCCAAGUGCAGCCGCCCGGCGAGCCGUUCGCCCGGCGCGGAGGAGGAGGUGGCCAUUCGAACCUCAUUGUCAACUACCUGCCGGCGGACAUGAUGGAGACGGAGCUGCGUCACAUGUUCUCCAAGUACGGGGAGAUCCGUAAGCACAAGAUCAUCCGCGAUCCCCGAACGGGCAAGAGCAGUUGCUACGGAUUCGUGGACUUCGUGUCCGCCCGCCAGGCGGCGGCUGCCCAGAUCUGCCUGGACGGCCACGAGCUGCGCGGCAAGCGGAUGAAGGUGUCCUAUGCCCGCUCCUCCGAGGAACAGGUCAGGAUCACCAACCUGUAUGUGUCGUUCCUGCCGCCGAACAUGGACGAGCAGAAGGUGCACGAGCUCUUCUCCAGGUACGGCCCCAUCGUGGACGUGAAUGUGCUGCGCUACAAGUUCACCAGGAAGCCCCGUGGCGUGGCCUUCGUGCGAUUCGAGAACUAUCGUGAUGCAGAGACGGCCAAGCACUGCUUGGACGGGUAUCUCUUUAAGGACGCUCGCCGGCCCAUCACGGUCAAGUUCGUGGACCGUCCGAAAAAGAGGGAGAACCAAGAGAAUCGUGGUCCGAACCACACCCAGGCGCCGAACUUCAAGCGUCGCGAGGCAGGGGAGAAUCCGCCGGAUGCAAAGCGUCCUCGUGGUUGGGGCUUACCCGAUUCCAACUCAACGUAAGGCCAAAAAUCAUUGUAAUCGGGUUUUAUUCGAGUUUCCCAUGAUAUUAAAACUUUAAACUUGAAGC